AUGAUUACAGUAUACUUGUACCUGAAGAUUUUGCAUGAUGGCUAUUUAUUAAACACAAUUAUAAGGAGGAAGUAUGGUUCCGUGUACUCGUGUGACCUGGACCUCGCGCUCUAUCCCUUCGACUAUCAGCAGUGUUUCAUGAAUCUUCGUCUUACGUCCGCACUCAAAACCUUUCUUGUUUUUAACGCUACUAGUUCCAGAGUGAUAAAUGAGGCAAAUAAUCUCCUACUUGAAUAUAAGGUUGGAGAGGUGUGGAUGGAAUACAGCAAUUCCGGCAUGUAUAGUGAGGCGAGGGUCUUGUUUCCUCUGACUCGCCGCUCUGGAUAUGCCAUCCUUAACAUCUACAUCCCGACGCUGGUGCUCCUCCUUGUGAGCUACCUGACGCUCUUCUUCAGGCCUUCCAAUUUUGAUGUGAGGAUGAUGUCUGCCCUCACUGUCCAGCUUGUUAUUGCCACUUUAUUUUCACAGGUUUCCUCAUCCUUACCCAAGACUUCUUACUUCAAGAUGGUAGACGUCUGGUUCCUCUUUUGCAUCGGGCUCACUUUUCUUGUGAUUGCUUUCCAUGCAGGUAUCGAUUUUGUUAUUAAUAAAGAGGAGGAAGAGAUUCCAGGUCCUAGACCAGGAUGGGUUGGACACAACAUCGGCAACGGAACCAUGAAAAAUCAGUUGAAAUUCAACCAGCGCAGGCUAUCUUUCUCGGCAGUGACACAAGUUCCUAAAGCAAGCGCGGCCGUCUUUACCCGUAUCACGGCUGCCUCUGAUCUCUCUGAUUAA